CCAAAGUUCACUUAUAAACACCUGAUCGUCUGAGGUGAGAAAUGGGUGAGGAAACACUUCGAGCAGAACAAACCGAAACCUGUGAGAAAACAGCUUCACGAUCAUCUCGCUUCUGUGCUAAACUGCAGAGCUGCCCGAAACCACAUGGAUUCACUGCCUCCGUCAUCACCAAAGCUCUGCUGGGGCUGCUGUUGUUCGGGGUGGUCUGGGCCGUGACAGGUCCCGCAUGUUUGCCAGGACAGAACUUCUUCGGUCUGGUCGUUCUGUUCCUGUCUGCUGUGUGUGGAGGAAAACUCAUCAGUGUCUUUACAUUACCCAGAAUGCAUCCAAUACCGGCUUUGUUGGGCAUGCUUCUGGCUGGUGUGGUGUUGCGUAACGUGCCGUACGUCACAGAUGCUGUGUAUAUCGAUCACAGCUGGUCUUCAGCUCUGAGGAACGUGGCGCUCGCUGUGAUUCUCACCAGAGCCGGACUGGGGCUCAACGCUGCUGCCCUGCGGCGUCUCAAAGGAGUGUGUGUGAGAGUUGCUGUUGGCCCAUGUGUUACAGAAGCAUGUGCUGUGGCUGUAGUGGCUCAUUUUCUACUGGAACUGCCCUGGAUAUGGAGUUUCAUGCUUGGUUUUGUGCUGGCUGCGGUCUCUCCGGCUGUGGUGGUUCCCUCUAUGCUGCUGCUGCAGGCUGAGGGUUUGGGGGUUCAGAAAGGCGUUCCUACACUCCUGAUGGCUGCUGGGAGCUUCGAUGAUAUUCUGGCCAUCACUGGGUUCACAACCUGCCUGGGUAUCGCCUUCGGAACCGGCUCUACAUGGAUGAAUGUGGGUAAAGGAGUGCUGGAGGUGCUGGCAGGAGUUCUGGCAGGAGGAGUGAUGGGGAUCCUGCUGCAUUUGUUCCCCAGCGAGGACCAGCCAGAUGUGGUGCUGCGCCGCUGCUGUCUCCUGCUGGGUCUGUCAGUGUUCAGUGUGUUUGGGAGUCUGGCUGCGGGUCUGGGUGGAGCUGGUGGUCUGUGUACGCUGGUGCUGGCCUUCAGCGCUGGACUCAGCUGGGCAGAACAGAAGGCUCCAGUGGCAGCAGUGGUGGGUCGGUUCUGGGAUGUGUUUCAGCCACUCUUGUUUGGUCUGAUUGGAGCAGAAAUCAACAUCUCGUCUCUCAGCGCUUACACUGUUGGUUUGGGUGUCUCUGCUCUGUUUGUGGGUUUGCUGGUCCGUGUCUCUGUGACGUUCUGCAUGGUUCUGUUUGCUGGGUUUAAUAUGAAGGAGAAGAUCUUUAUUUCUCUGGCCUGGAUGCCCAAAGCCACAGUACAAGCGGCCAUCGGCUCCACGGCUCUGGAUGUGGCCCGCAGCAUUGGAGACGAGCAGCUACAGAAGUUUGGCAUGGAUGUUCUGACGGUGGCGGUUCUGGCCAUUCUGAUCACGGCGCCGAUCGGAGCGCUCGCUAUCGGCCUCAGCGGACCCAAACUACUGCAGCGGAAGGACACACACGCACACGAUCAGCGUGUCGACGGCCUGGAGACUAAACUGUGAAUGUGGAGCUGAUCUGCUGUAUCUCCACUGUAAACUUCACCCUUUCAGACAUGCCAAC